AUGAGUACUACUAGCGAUAUUUCGAAUAUAGGUGUAUCAUGUACAUCAUCUGUGUCCACUGUUUCUACUGUGGAACCUUCGCACCUACUAUAUUUGUAUCCAUACUAUUCUCCUGGAACUGUUAUUGUUUCUACUACAUUCAAUGGUUUGGGUUAUGGGAGUUGGCGUAGAGGAAUGCUGAUACGUCUCUCGUGUAAGAACAAGCUAGGAUUGAUUAAUGGAAUGAUUCCUAAACCUAGUGCAGAUUCUCCUUUGUAUGAGCCUUGGUGUAGAUGUAAUGAUACGGUUACUGCUUGGUUUCUAGAUAGUUUGGACAUGGAAAUUAGAGAGAGUGUUAUGUACACAGAAUCAGCUGAAAAAUUAUGGAAGGAAAUAGAGCAGCGUUAUGGAAAGCCAAAUGGGAGUAAAGUGUUCCAGAUACGCAAAGAAAUCUCUUCCAUCUCUCAAGGAUCUUCCAACAUAGCAUCUUAUUUCAAUAGGAUUAAGAAACUCUGGGAUGAGCUAGCAUUCUCUAUAUCAUAUCCUCCUUGUGUAUGUGGGUGCAAGGAAGCCUUUCAGAAGAUAGAAGAAGACCAAAAAGUCCACCAAUUUCUAAUGGAUUUAAAUGAGAACUACUCUAAUGUGAGAAGAAAUAUUUUGAUGAUGAAGCCUCUUCCAGAUAUAGAUACUGUAUAUGCAAUUCUGAUUGAAGAUGAGAGUCAGACAGAUGCUAAAACUUCAGUUCCCUCUUUCAGUUCAGAGUCUGCAUCAUUCAGUACUGCAGUUCAGAAACCAAUUUCUACUGGAGUUCAAAAACCAUACAGUCAGAGAGUCAAUUUUGAUCCUUCUAGGAAAUUUAAUUCUAACCUGAUUUGCAAGUAUUAUAAAAAGCCUGGUCAUUCCAUUGAGAAGUGCUAUAAACUACAUGGCUAUCCACCUGGUUCCAGAAUCAGACUAAAGAAAAAUGUUGCAUGUGCUCAAGUUUGCGACUCUCAAGUGGCAGUGCAUUUUGAGAAUUCUGGAACGGAUGGUUCUAAAGUGCCUCAGACUGAUGUUGGAGGCUAUAUGUUGACUAAGGAACAAUAUGACCAACUCAUUUCUUUUAUCCAACAAUUUAAGAUCUCCUCUGCUGCUCAAGACUUUGCUACAGGGUCUGCUAAUUUUGCAGGUAUGAUAAACUCUACUACUACUAGUUCUGAUGGUAUUGUUGCUUGCAAUGUCUCUAGUAUAGAGAGUGGUGUUUGA